CUUUAGCGGAUAAUGACUGUACUCACCGCUAAAAAUGAGGACAGUUCCUCUGUUGGUAUUGCCGCUUCCUCUCCCACAUCGACCUCGUACUCUAACAACUCAAACCCAUUUCUCCAAUCCCAUCUUGUAUCAGUCUUUGUCUUCUUCUCUCAAUUCCUCCACAAGAUUUCGCAACAAAACCAUAGUCUUUGGUGUCAAUCCAAGUGACUCAAAUGACCCUUUGUUCUUCGACGAAAAUGGUGUGGUCGAUGAUAUGGAGGGUUACCUCAAUCACCUCUCCCUCGAAUACGACUCUGUCUGGGAUACUAAACCAUCUUGGUGUCAGCCAUGGACAAUAACACUGACUGGGGUAUCAGUUAUUGGCAUUAGCUGGUUAAUUUUGCAGUCAAUGGUAGUCACUUCAGUCAUAUCGUUACUAAUAUGCGCAUGGUGGUACAUCUUUCUGUAUUCUUAUCCCAAGGCAUAUUCAAAGAUGAUUGCUGAGCGCAGAGAAAGAGUUACAAAUGGUGCUGAAGACACAUUUGGCCGUAGGAAGAGGCAGUGAUUUGCAUUAUUCCUACUCCUCAGUUGUGCUCAUCUUUUCUCCACUCUUGUUGUCUCACUUUCUGACUCUGCUUGUAUUUUCAUAUUCAACUACAGAAUAGUAGCUGUUGAGGCCUUCAUUCACAUUACAAAUCUUGACAAUUACACUAUGUCUCUCUCACUAUAAAUAUUUGACCUUUUCUUCACAGACUUGGUGCCCAUGUGUAUUAAUCCAUGCUUCUGAUUAGAUUAACUUUGAGAAUUGUUCCUUUG